UCCAGGCAUUGCUUGUAAUCGUACACCGCGCUCCCAUUUUCCAGUGAUUUUCCUCGCCAAAUUCUCCGUGAGUUCGGCCGUCGGAGUUGUCGCCGUUAUUAUCAGCUUGCUGGCGGGAUUCUCGGGACUGAAUGGAGCCGGAAUUAAUGAUACAAUAAUGCAAAAGUCCCAUGUCGUUGGGGGAUAAGACAAUCAACAGAUUGGAGAACACCUAUCAUUAUUUCUCCCGGACGAACUUGCAUCUCAUUUAGUCCAACUUCCAGCCAGGUACUUUUUUCGGAUUGGUUGCCAAGGGGAGGAGCCUCAGAUCCCAGUGACCAAUCUAAUCACUGGACCCCAUGAUCAUGGACGGAGAAUCGGCCAACCAGCACAUAGUUGGCAAUGGCAAACUGGACCCGGCUGUUACCAUCUCCGGCGCCCUUCCCUCUGUGAGUGUGGCUAACGUCAUCACUGGCACACAGGAUCCCAUGGUGUCGGGCCAGAUGACCUUGAAGACGACCUCCAAUGCCAAGCCGCAGAGCGCGUCGGACCAGCUGCUGCUGGCCAUGCAGAGCGCCACCGGUGGUCAGGCCAUCCGCAGCGGUAUGGUAAUCAGUCCCACCAAGCAAGCGUUCCAGUCGGGGUUGAAAGGCCUCGGGACCACGAUUCCCGCAUCAUUAGGCAACUCCACCUCCACCCAGCAGCUCCUGUUGUCUCCGCCCAUACAGACACUGCAGUCACCCCAGCAGGUCUUAACCAACCAGCUGUCGGCAGCCCAACAGAUCUUCACCAUCCCGUCCAACAAUGCUACCGGCCAGCAGCAGGUCCUGACCUUGCCCAUCACCAACGCGGCCGGCCAGCAGCAGAUCCUGACUAUCCCUGUCAGCCUGGCCCAGACCUCGGGCGGCAUCCAGUUCCUCAUCCCCACCAGCGGUGGCCAGCUACUGGCAGCCAACAUUGGCGGGGUGGUGCCCACGAUGGCCAACGCCUCGACUGGGGCUGCCAGCCAGACCAAUGUCACGUCAGCUCUCGCAGGUCUGACGCAAACCACCUCCGUCACCUCGCUCAGCAAGCAGUACACCAGCAGCAGCAGCACCAGUGCCGCGGCUGCCGCACAGCCCGCCACGACUACCGCCGCUACCACCCCGCUGCCCUCCAUGUCAGUUCUAGCCAGCCAGACCGGGCUGGGUCAACUCCCGCUGCCCCAGAUGCUGAUGAAUGCCACAGGAUUAAAUUCCUCAGCGAGAGCCUUAGCGGCAGCUGGUCUAGCCACCAUGGUCAGCGCGCCACCUUUGACCCAAGUAGGUCAGCUGGGGGCCACCAACCAACAGACCACUGCCACGCCGGUCCUGACCACCACGCAGCGAGCGGCUGUGCCGGCCGCCGCGGCCAGCACCACGGCGGCCACCACCGAUCCGGCUGCAGCCGGCCUGACCAGCCAGCAGAUAGCGGCCCACGGGCUGGCUUCCACUGGCCAGCUGCUGGCCAGUCAUGGCCUCCCUAAGCAGCUCAUCACCACGCAGAGCCCCGUCAUCGUCGGGGCCGGUCAGGCCACUGGCGCGCAAGCGGCUGGCGUCCAGCAGCUCAUCGGUGGCCAGGUGGUGACGCAGGCAGUCGUCGGGAGUACAUUAGUCACCACCCAGGCCAACAAUCAGGUGACAGCUGCCCAGGUGAAAGCGCCCUCUUCGCCCACAAAUAACACAGCGACGGUGACGGGUAGCUCAUCAGGUAAAGCAGUUAGCAGUCUGGGCAAUACCACCGAGGUGGACGGUAUCAACCUGGAGGAGAUCAAGGAGUUUGCCAAGGCCUUCAAGAUCAGACGGCUCUCGCUGGGGUUGACGCAGACGCAGGUUGGCCAGGCAUUGAGUGCCACAGAGGGGCCGGCCUACAGCCAGUCUGCCAUCUGCAGGUUUGAGAAAUUGGACAUCACCCCCAAGAGUGCCCAGAAGAUCAAGCCGGUCCUGGAGAGGUGGAUGCAGGAAGCCGAGGAGAGGCACAAAAAUGGCCUGAGCCAGCUCUCCGACUACAUUGGCAGCAGUGAGCCCACCAAGAAGCGCAAGCGCCGAACCUCCUUCACCCCGCAGGCCCUGGAGUACCUGACGCUGCAGUUUGAGAAGAACACCCACCCCUCGGGGGCAGAGAUGACGGCCAUGGCCAACGAGAUCAACUAUGAGCGGGAGGUGAUACGGGUCUGGUUCUGCAACAAGCGGCAGGCCCUCAAGAACACCAUCAAGAAACUGAAGGCGGUCAACGAUGCAGGGAGCCCGCAGGAGACGGAUCCCAGUGAGACCGUUGUCAUCAAGACGGAAGAGACAUAUGCCUAGGGGGAAACAGACAAACAACCUCGUGUCCGGCCACCAAUAGACCAGAAGGGAUUUGUAUUACAGUGAACAAACACCCAUGCCAAAUUUCUUGCAAUGCUUAUAAAACAUAGAGUUUUCGCCAUGAGAAUCAACUUUCCUAGAUUAUUGCAGAGUUUGGAAACGUCCCCAGAAAAAUCCCAAAAGGUCCCAGAACUAAUUUAGUUCAUGUCCUGAAAAGCCUUGAUGAGGUCUGGGGAAAGUGGGAUAUUGUCGAGGGGAAAAACCCUCAGAAUGCGGCAAAACUUUGGAUUGAAAUGAUGGGAAAAGUUCUGGAAAAGGGCAAGUGGGAAAAAAUUUUCGGAAGUCCUUGAAUUUGCCACCUUUCCUGAAAAAUUGAGGAAAUUCUUUCAAACUUCUAGGGGAGAGUAAUUUGGGGAACAUUGCAGAGAAUCCAAUGGAGUGCCCUCCGAUCAUUUUUCUGAUUAUGAAUCUGUUUUCUGGCGCUACAAGCAUACGUACUUGUACCUCUGCGGCACAAGGUCCCAGAAACGGAAAAAUUGUCUUGCCAGAAAUUCCACGAAAUGUUAAUUGCACAACUGAAGAAAUACUGCUCCCGUGCUUCUCCGAUAAAGCAGAGCCGUGACAUUGUGCGCAGAUAUUAAAAGCAAGCAGCUUAGGUUCGCUAUUUGCGCUGGUACCCAACCAGAUGGUUCCCUACCAUCAUGCUGCCAUUGAGAUUACAAGAGGUCCACUGACAGUGGGACACUUGCCUCUCAAUUUCAAACCCCCCCCCAAAACCUUUUUGUCAUUCACGAACCACUUGUUUUCAGGGGCAGUUUCCAAACAGCCUGGCUUUUCCUGCCGGAUUUUGAAGGAGGUCUUGUUGAGAGUGAGAUGCCAGGUUUUAUGCCUUCAAAGCAGCAAGUUUUAUCUAGGGGGGGUGGUUAAGUUUGAAAUAAAAGAAAUUUGCCAAUCCAUAGUGCAAAAAAAACCCCGUAAAAUUACAGUUGCCAAACUUUGCCUUUUGACUUUUUCACAACUCGAAGAAUAACUCGAAUGGAUGUUGACGAGACCGAGCGAAGGCCACUCUGACUAGCCACAAAACUCAAGGAAUUCACGCACCAAAUGUUUGAAUGUCUUGCUGCAGCGUUUCACUCACCGUUUCCCGUGUAUAUAUUUAUUUUCAGAAAAGCUUAACAAGAAAACAAAAGAGAAGUCACUCUUGUCUUAAAAAUUUAUGUAUCUACGGAAAAGUCUGUCUGUCACCCCAGUUACCACCCAACAAAGCACCCGGUGUUGUAUUUAUUGUGUCUCCCUAAAGGGUGAUAUUUUGAAACAGUAUUAUUAACCAUCAUGUAUUUGCGCUAUUUUUCUAAGAUGCCCUUCAGAAUUAUAUUCCAGUUCGAUGGAACUUUUAUCACGUGUAGAUAUUUACGUUGCGCCUUUCGUAAUAUUUAUUUGUUUCAAUAUUUAUUCUGGACGUCCCUAGAACUUUCCUUGCGAAUAUUUAAUGAUAUGUUUUUGCUGAAAGCAAAUGACUCUUAAACAUUGUGACUUUUUAAUGGAAAGUAUCCAUUUUACGAAAAAAAAGGACUUUAUAUUUGUUAUGGACGUGUAUUUUUUAAGCACCAUGUAUUUAUUGCCUCCCUAAUGUCAUUUUAAAGUCAUUUGAGAUGCCAGGGUAAGUCAUGUACAUGGCUUGUUGUGAGCCCACUAGGUAGUAAUGAUUGCUUGAGAAAUUUCAGCAUCCACUGUCAGACUUGUUGACUAGAAGUUGUUUCUUACCGCAGUCUUUGUAGAGGUCUAACAGUGCUGAAUUUCGAGGGAAAAAAUACAGAGAGAUGAUUAACCCCCGCACAGAAAACGAGCCCGACACUAACCAAAAGAAUCCCAUUUAUGAAACAAUUUCCUGGAGCCUGUCACGUAUUCCUGUAGUUGGAAGGGAAGUCAGUUUUAUGUUUCAUGGUUUGAGCUUGUAAUGCAGACAGUUUUUCAUUUUGAAGUUCUCCCCCUUCUUCAUUGUCUAUUUUUUUUUUCUUUUCAGGAUUUCAAAAAAAAGUUUAACCUCAAAUACCUCAGUGGGUAUUUGAGAUUUUUCCUCCAACUCGUUUAUUUUUGUUUCCAAUCUGGUUGCUAAAGCAGAGCAAAUUUCACUUGUAAAUAUGACCAAAAGAUUUUUAAAUCUGUAACUCCAAAGUUGGAAUUCUUUAAUCUUUUACUCUGAUCACUGCUUGUCCAUAGUUUGUCUCGAACCUACCACCCUUUUACAGUGUUUGAAAUGUGGACAUGGCCAGAAUUCUUGAGGGUAGACUUCUUUUCUUUUGCUGCUUUUCGUUUAUCGUACUUUUACCUAAAUAACGCUACUUUUUCCUAAAAAAUGUUACUUUUUAAAACUAAAAACCUUCAAACUGUUUUUACAAGUGCAUGUUAUGUAAUGCGUGUAGAAAGCAUGUGUACAUGUAUGCACAGUUAGGGUCACCAUGUAUACGUUGCCAUAGAAACAUGUAAAUAAUUAUCUGGGUAUAUUUAUGACAAUCAAUUCAAUUUUUUUGUAACGAAAAUGUAUGUAUGUCACAAUUGUUUGUGAAGUUAAAUAGUUAGACUAGUGCUUUUAAACGUAACAGAAUUGUGUAUUGUGUGGUUUUUAAUUCAAAUGUGGAGAUGCGACUGAAAUUGUGUCACAUGACUGUCCACUGAGGUUGACCCGACUGCAAGAUAAUGUUGAAAUCCCCUUGGUGCAUUUGGGGGGGGUACCAUAUACCCUUUGUUGCGUUUUUAAGUCAUGCUGCUUUUGUACACAAACAAGGGUUAUUUAUUUUGGGGUAGUUAAGAAACUGAAAUCCAAAAUUUGUCAAUGAUGGGUAUCUGGGUAUCCUCUUUAAAGAUUUAAGUCUGAAAGUAAGUCAUUAAGUUACAUUGCUUUGGCACUGUUUUGUAACUCAAUGGCACUUGGUCAAGACGAUCUGUCAGCAAAUUUUGAAGUUUGAAAAUCAAAUUUCCGUUCACUGAAACUGAAAGUAGGUGAAGCCAAGUGCAGACGAGGCAUUGAUGUCUUGGGCUAGGGCUCAUCCCUGUGGCAAAGGUUUAAAGCCGCAUCCAUAAAUUUACCCAGAAAACCCAUAAAAUGGAACAGGGUUUCAUAUGCAGCGAGGAGGUGGGGAAGGGGUUCGUUUGGUGUCCGGUUCCAAGUUUGAAGCAUGCAGUGGUUUCAUGACCAUAAGACUUGAUUUGCAGUCGAGUCAACCUUACUUCAUUGAUAAGUUGUUCACCAGUGACCAUCCCAAUACUGUUACUGUCAUCCACAGGCCGGUGGAGACUGGGCCCAUGAGAAGCAUCUGGGUGCUCUUCGAACUUUGACCCUAAGGUUUCAUCCCAAAUAAGUACAUGUAUUUUGCAACAGCUUUUACCGCCCAAUCGGUUACCAUCCUGAUGUGUGUUGAGGCAAGUGCUCAUUACUAAUGUUCGCUGCCCUUCAGUAUUUCUGAAAAAAAAAGUGUGCACUGUUUAAGUGUUUGUACAGUCUUCUGUUUUAUUUCCUAGAAAUUUUUUAAAAAGUUGUCAGUUUGAAGAUGUGAUUGUACAUGUUUCAGUUUGGAUUCUAGCAAUCCAACAGUUGACAACAUUACUGCAAUUUGGUGCUUAGCUGUUAUGCCUUUACUACUAGAAAUAUGCCAGAGGAAGGGGAAGGAGGAAUAGAGAUGCUUUUGUGGGAUGUGUACGUAAUUGUGUGUCUUUGUCUUCUUCUUAGUGGCGCUGGCCUGGUUCCGAGAAUGUUUUGGCAAAUCGGUGCAGUUUCACGGAGAAUCAGAGUUAAGGUGCUCCUGUGUGGAAGCUUAAAGUUUGUUCUGGAGGUUGUUUGGGUGCUGUCUGAUAAUUUCUCAUUUUCCCUCAGAAUAAUUGACAGAGGGACAGGUUGUAAAACAAGUGUGUUGAGCUGAUGAUUUUUCACUUUGAACAGAAUUGGACAGUGUUCCGAAGAGAAAUCCUGAGUGAAAUUAAGUAUACAAGGAGUCAUUCCAAGCAAAAUAGGCUUCAAAAUUCUCUUCAAAUGAAGCCGUGGAACUGUUCAGAAAAAGUAGCUCAACCUGUUCUGAUGGACAUCAACUGCAUGUUUUACACUUCGUGUACAAUGUUGUUCCCUAUAAUAAUGGUUAAAGUGGAAUUUUAGGUUGCCGUAGGUAAAAUCGAAGGUACACAGUUUGGCAUUGAGUGAAAUUAUCAAAUAGAACGUGCUCUGGCCUUCCUUAAAAAUUGACACUGGAAGGACAAUUUUGCACAGGGUUUUUAAAAGAUUGUCAGAUGGUAUUUUCUUGGAUUGCAUUUCACUGAAUGUCUAUUGCUUUAAGAGCAGGUUCAUGGUCUGCUCGUACCAUUUUCAAAAUUUGUUCCAAGGUGGUACAUCCCUAAAACAUCUUACCCUAAAAACAUGACAAAGGUACAGAUCAUAUUUUGUCAGGGAAGUAGAUUUACCAGAAGAAUUGGGGGGGGGCCUUGGAGAAGGGUCGUACUUACAAGGAAAUUUGUUUUGUAAAUUUUGUCAAUUAUUCCGUCACUCUUUGUUAAUGGUAUGCUAAAGUUGUUGAUUUCUUUUGUUUCAAUGCAUUUCAAGAAGGAUGGGUCCAAGAAGAAAAAAGGAGGAAGAAAGUGGACAUACAUGUACUGGCCAUGUUGACCGAUCGGCAUCUUUCUCAAAUGUCAACUUUCCUCAGUAGUUCUUCCAUGUUUAGAUUUUAAAAGAAGAGAGGAAAAGCUCUGCACCUGUCUGUAAAUAUGAAGCACUAGAUGUUCUUUGUAUUCCUAAUGAAUUGUUACUGGAAUAACAAUCACUCUUUUUUUUAUGAUUUAUGGGACGAUAUUCCAACGCCUGUAAAAUAUGCUGACACCGUGCAUGCUGAUUGUAUGCACAAGUUUGUAUAGUUGGAUCCUCUUGCAAGAUUCAAAGCUUUUUUGUUCUCAUUUUUGAUGAAAAAAAUUGGUUUUGUUUGUCACCCACCAAAUUUAUGAAAGUAAUACUCAGAAUGCCUACAAAUAUUCAGAUGGGAGUACUUUUUGCUUCAUUUCCACAAAUGAUGCGAGGUACGUCGUUUGAAAACAAAACAAAACGAAAAAUGGAUGGAAUCUGUUAAGAAAAAAGGUAAAAUUUGGCAUUACCCGGGGAACCACGCGAAUAUGGUUGGCGGUUCACCACAACUUUGCUGGUGAAGUUUUUGGCUGCUCUCUCAAGUUGCUGAUUUUGGCUAUGUACACAACAUGAUCAUGUAAGAAGAUGCACAUUUAUAGUGAAUUAUGUAAAAAAAAAUUCAAUUUAAACAACUGGAUCAUUGACGAAUACUGCUUUUUUUUUUACCAACUGUGUACAAAGGAUAAUCUAAUCAAUGCUAGAAUUGGACCAAUAGGGUAGACCGUACUCGUACUGUUCUGUGUGACUGGAAACUUGUGAUCUGUGAUGUGGAACUUGUCCUUUGAAAAAACAAAGAAAAACGAAACGCUACAAUGUACAAAAUAUCGGUCACUGUCGCCAAUACAGAAACAUGCAUUAAGACAAGAUGUGCACCUAAGAAUUUAAAAGCAGGCUGUUUGACUAUCCUGACAAUUUCACACAGGCAUGCUCUAAAAACCCUACGGUACUCUCAGAUGUUGGCAAAUUUGUUCUAACAGAUCUGGUGUCUCUAACAAUGAAAUCUUCAUGGCUACAUCCAGUAGUAUAUUAUAAAUACAACUCCUUUUGUUAGCAUCCAGUACAAACAACUCUUGAUUUAUGUAAAUGUGAACCAGACAGCCUAUCCACUUCGUAAGUGUGACAUCACUUCAGUUUAAACACAUGCUCU